CAAGUGACGUGCAAAUAAUUUAAUUAAUUAAGCUCCAAGUAGAGAAAUAUUGACGUUAAUGAAUAAAAUUUGAUCUUAAUAAACACUGCUGGAAAUCAUUUGUGGUGGACAUUACUGGCUUUUAGGGACAUUGCUGACAUUUUAUAGACACUUCUAACAACACUGGACAUUAUCGGAUAAUAUCCAGGGACAUCUCUGGAUAUUACAAGCAUUUAUGAGCAGUCCGGACAUUUAUAAGCCGUGCUAACAGCUGUGAAUAUUACUGUUGAUAGUAGGCAGUCUACAUUUAAGUUUUCUCCCUUCAGACUUAGCCACCUAAUAGACAGGUACUGCCCUCUAUCCGUUGAAGCUAUUGUAUCUCUGGAUAUUACAGACAUUUGUGAACAGUUUUGAAAUUUGUAAGCAAUCCUAACAGCAGUGGAUACUAGUGUUAACAGCAGGCAGACCAGAAUAAGCUAUCGACAUUCAGACUUAACCACUUGAAAGAUAGGUGCUGGCCUCUGUCUACAGCAAUCGUGUCUCUGGAUAUUACAAGCAUUUGGGAACAGACUGGACAUAAUAGAUAGGAGCUGCUCUCUUUCUGCCCGAACAAAAGUAAAAUGUUCCAGUUUCCUCCUACCAACCCAGACAAGGCCACAGGGCUGCUGCUGCUGCUGUCGCUCUUCGCCCUCGCCACAAUCCCCACCGCCACCGUUGCCAUUCCCUCGCAACAAGAAACCAUCGCCAACUACCGAUACUUCGGUCCUGGUUACUCGUUCGCUUACCCGGGAACUCCUUCACAAAGCGAAAUAUUCCCCAGCCGAAGUCAAGUGGAAUGUGCCAUGAACACCCUGAAGAACCGAACAGGAUUCUUCAGUUACGACAGAGUCAACCAGCUUUGUAAGACUUACCCAGAGAAUAUUGUGCUCACGGCCAGCAAUCUGACCAACAGCGGCGAGAGGUCCUUCUACAUAAGAGAUCACUGGAUAAAAGUAUAUUCCAUAUCAAUGGGAGCUGGUUCGGAUGUCUAUAACUCGUUUCUAAAUAUAGGAGAUCGAGCAUCAUGGAAAGUGGAUGAUUGCCUCGGUCUUUAUUGCCCAAAUUUCUUCCGAAAUUCCAUUCUUGACGUCUGGGAACAGUUUCCGAUUCAUGAGGUGAAACUUGUAUUAUACGAAAACCAACAAUCAGUAGUAACGAUGGUGUUUAAUGGACGAAAUACAAACAUUCAAAACUGGUUUUCUGCCCAAAACCUGAGAAGUUCCCCAUGGACUGAUUUGUCAACGUCCAACACGAACUACUUCUCAAUGGAUGGAUAUGAGAACAGACGACGCUUCUACGUGUCUAGAAGUCACACUUUCUGUGUUGGAGACGUUGGCUGGCUUAUGAUCAGCGAACAGAGCAGCCUCUGCGUUUGGGAGGCGUCACUUGUACUUCCCAGAUUCCUGUACUCUAGCAAGUCUACGAAAACAGAUUGGGUUCUCAGUUACGGAUCAGCAGAUACCCUGGCCAUAUUCAUCCGCUUCAUAUAGAAAUAACCAAAACAUAUGCAGGCAUCGUUAGUACUGUUGUUGCUAUACCUGUCAAUAUGACCAUCUAUAUAUAUCUAUACCAUUUCUCUAACUAUACCAUCUAUAUAUCUAUACCAGUGGUUCUCAGACAGGGCCCACAUGACG